AACCCUUUUCAUCUCAACCUCACUCCUCGGGGCUCCUGGUGACCGUGACUAUUUCAAAUGCGGUAUUAUUACAGUAUAAGGCAGCCAUUGCUGUAUCACGGUGCCUUCGGGAGGCCUGAGGCUUGAAUCUGGAAAUGCACUUUUGAAAUCCGUCGGCAUUGUUUGUGGCGCUUUUUUGACAAGGAUCACGAAAUGCACUUCUGUCAGCUGUGUUGAGUGGUUCGCUUCGCAGUACGCCCGCCUGACCACGGCAGCCUCGUUGUGAGAUAUCAAGAUAUAUAAUUGUUGGGCACCGCUUCCUCCGGUCCUCUUUCUUGGGUUCCUCAUUCAUUUUCACGCUCUUAAGCUAAAGUCAUGGGCUCGUCGAUCAAUCCCACAACACCACCUGGGUCACCACGAGUGUCUUCGGACCCGUACACCUCACUCGGAACUCUCCUGAGAAACACAUCGCCGGUUCGGGCCUCCAAACGAGGAAAAACUCUAGUCCGAAAUGAUGCUCUUUGGGAAACGAUAAGGGACGACAUAUUCCAGAUUUAUAUGGCGCAAGACAAUACACUUCCACUGACUAUGUUGCUGAUUGAGACUAGAUACAAUUUCAAGCGAUCCGAGCGCAAAUGGAAAGCGAAAUUAAAAGAAUGGAAUUUUGUGAAGAACGUCACCAAAGCCGAGAUGAAAGUAGUGGUCGCCAAAGCAGAGAAACGGGCCACAGAAGACGGCAAAGACACUCUUUUUCUUCACCACGGAAAUAUAAUUCCACCAGAGAAAGUCGCCAAUUGGAAACGUAGAUUGACAACAAUGGCAGCUACUCCGGCUAAUCCAUAUGCUAAAACUCCCGCAACCAUUGCCUAUUUCACACCCAUUUACCACAGUCAACCAAAUCUCGAAGAGCUACAAGUCUUCCGCUCCACAUUUUCACGCGUUACAAUUGGUGGAGAGGUCAAGCCGAAAUCACUGUUUCUUCCUGCCAGAUAUUCAGUGCGGGCAACCGGGCAGGGACCAGAAGAGGUUGUUAACGCAAAGCCAGUGCCACCCUCUGGACGGAAUCGUCGCGAAGUAGAAAACUUUGACUAUAUGGACAACAGCACUACAACAUUUAGUGUGUCAACGCGAGGUGCAUGGAGAUCAGAAAUUACCCGUGAAGACCUUUCUACGUUUCCUUCGGGGUCUGUACUGUCGAUUACAGAGUAUUUUGCUUACACACUAGACUCGGUUCAACUUGGAUCUGGCAAACUUGAAUCUAUACUUGCCUCUUGGAGUAUCCCAGAGAUCAAAAGUCGAUACCACGCCCUUGAAUACUUGCAACUGCAAGUCAAACGAGAUGGGCGAAUCCUCCGCUUCAGGCCUGGUUUUAUCCGAGACUUUAUCACCUGUCAUACAGACGAUAUUAAUUCCCCAAAUAUUCCUCGCGACUUUACGCCAUCUGAUCGACUACCGUUUCACCAUGCCGAACUUCAAGACUCAGUGUAUGCAGCCCUACUUGAAGAACUUGGUCUAGCAUUAGUCAGGAACGAUGACUCGCCAAGAGCUAUCAUUAUAGCCAGCAUUAUGGUUCAAUCCCUGGACAUAGUGUCACGGGGUGGGACUCCUGAUAGCCUUGUUGGAAGGUGGCAUCACGACCAAGAUUUCUUCGAAACAUCCAUCCCGUACCUCCAAAACGCUUUGAGGAACUCUCUCUACCACAUUCGUCAAGCUUUUGGAUGGGACUUUGCUCUGGCAAGACUACUCGGAGAUAUGCUGGACAAAUCAUAUCAGCAGCUCGGGUGGACGUCCGCUUGGGACUGGAGACAAGAUAUUGACGUAUCAGAACAUGGACUUGGAAAAACUAUUUGCGAAUUAAGUGAAGAACGCGUUGCAUUAGUCGAGAAUGACUUCGAGACAGACGAUCUAUAUUUCCAGUUUAUCCAGCCACUACUCCGCAGCAUUGCAGUCCAUAUCAUGACGCCCUUGCAAAUUGCUCGCAUAUAUAACAACAUUUACAUUCACAUCUUGCGUCGAGAGGCAGACGAUAGAGGCGGAUGCGGAUUUUGCCAACUCGAAACUCCAGUCGUUGUCUAUUUCAAAGAUGCAAACGGAUCGAGGAAAGGUACUAGUUCAAAGACUGUGUGUGAUAGGUGCGAGCUCCUUAUGAAGAAUAGCAUUCAGCACCUUGAAGUGCUCAUGACUACUACCUCUAAACAACCCAUACCAGAUGAAGCUCUCGAAUUAUAUGUCAACACCAAAAGACGCCUGAUCGCAGAGCUAAAUGGCUUACCUGGAAGCCAGCCAUCUUGAAGAGGAGAGGUGGAGGGGUACUAGUGGAGUCAUUCCGGAUGGUCAUGGCGUUUGACAUAAUUUACAUCUUUUUUGCUGCUUCUAGUUCUAUCUGCACAUGCGUGGUGUUUUAGAUCACUCGAUUUGCUUCACAUACCAAUCACAUUUCUUCUUCUCUGAAAAGCAUGACCAUCUCAUAUCUUCUCCUUUACUUCACAAUAUCUUGCUCAAGCACCUCGACGGUACCUCACUUCUUUCUUCCUCAUCUGAAUACCGAUUAUCGUCUUUUAU